AUGGAGAAAGGGAAAGGGAAAGAGCAUGCAUCUCCUAUAACACCUCUUGGCACAAAUCCAUCAAUUUAUCCAUCAGCUCAGAGAGUGUUAGAUACAAAUGAUGAGGCUGGAAUUAGACUAAACAAGAGUUUUGCAGCACUUGUGCAAGAAGUGGGUGGGUUUGAGAACUUGUCAUUCAAUGAGAAAAAUUGUCAUAAUUAUAUUGAUAAGGAACGCUACCUUCAACUUGGGAAAAGUGGCGCUAAAGCCAUCCUUCAGUAUUUUGCUAGGAUGCAAUACAAAAAUGAUGGAUUCUUUUCAAACAUCGACCACGAUGAUGAUGGGAGGUUGAAGAAUGUCUUAUGGGCAGAUGCACGAAGUAGGACAGCUUACAAAUAUUUUGGUGAUGUUGUGACAUUCGACAUGACAUACCUGGCAAAUAGGUAUGGGAUGCCGUUUGCACCGUUUGUUGGUAUAAACCACCAUCAUCAGUCAAUCUUUUUUGGGAUAGGAUUGAUUUCUAACGAGGAUACGGAAAUAUUUGCAUGGUUGUUUCAGACUUGGCUAAACUGUAUAGAUGGGGAAGCUCCAAAGGCCAUUAUCACAGAUCAAGAUAGAGCUAUGAAGAAUGCGAUUGCUCUCGUCUUUCCCAAUAUAGGACACAGAUAUUGUUUGUGGUAUAUACUAAAAAAAGUACCUGAGAAACUUGGUUCACAUCAUGCAUACAAAACUGGGUUGAAAACUAAUUUGCUGAAGUGUGUGUAUGACUCUCAAACCAUAGGGGAGUUUGAAAACAAUUGGGAUGUGUUAAUUACCAUGUAUAACUUGCAGGAAAAUGCUUAG